CAAACGCAUAAAUAUAAAUAUUAAUUUAAAUUUAAAUUAAAUGUUGUGGUUUAACUUAUUCAUAUUAUCGCUCGUAUUAUGUAGCAGCUUGUCGGUUAAGAUAAACAAUAACAAGAAUGACCCCCUUAAGACCAGGGGUUUACUUUAUCCCUUCGAGUCGGAAUCCCGUGAAAUACGUUCACUAGAUGGAAUGUGGAGAUUUUUGAAAUCGAAAGCGAAUAGUUCUUAUCCAAUUGAGGAUUGGUAUAAAACAGAUUUGGAUAAAAUUGAUCAUACGAUUGCCAUGCCAGUUCCCGCCAGCUAUAAUGAUUUGACUACAGAUGAUACAUUGAGAGAUCAUGUUGGUGGAGUUUGGUAUGAACGAAAGUUUUUCGUCUCUCACGAUUGGUCAUUGGAUAAACGGGUUUGGUUGAGAUUCGGUAGUGUCCAUUAUUCGGCAACAGUGUGGUUGAAUGGCAUCGAAAUCGUACGUCAUUCAAUCGGUCAUUUGCCAUUUGAGGUCGAAAUAAGUCAAUAUCUUAAAUAUGGAGCCGAAAAUCGUUUAACGGUUUUAUGUAACAAUACUCUAACACGUUCGACCAUACCGCAAGGAGAUGUUGUAAAAGCAUUAACCGAUUCCGGUAACAGAACAUUUCAGAUUUAUACUUUCGAUUUCUUCAACUAUGCUGGAAUACAUCGUUCAGUUGUUUUGUAUACGACUCCUAAAGUUUACAUCCAAGAUAUAAUGAUUGCAACGGACGUCAAAUUAACUGAGCCCGAUAUUUAUGAAAUGGAAUCAUUUGUGGGACUUAUCAAUUAUACAAUUGCGAUUUCCGGCUAUGAAAGCAAUGAAGUUGAUGAAGAUACAUUAACGACUUCGGCGACGGGUUUAUAUUAUUUACAUUUGCAAUUGCGCGAUAAGCUGGGCGAGAUAGUGGUCAAACAAAACAGCAAAGAAAUGCCGUUUAAUGGCACACUUAUGGUGGAGGACGUUAAUUUGUGGUGGCCAUAUCUUAUGCAUCCGGAAUAUGGCUAUUUGUAUACUUUGGAAGUUUAUUUACAUUCGGCUGAGGACAGUUCUCUUCUCGAUGUUUAUCGCAUGAAAGUCGGUAUUCGUAAAUUGGAUUGGGACAGCAUGAAUUUUCGUAUAAAUGGCCAGGAAAUCUAUCUGCAUGGUUUUGGCAGACAUGAAGAUUCGGAUUUGCGUGGCAAAGGUUUAGAUUUUGCUUUACUCACACGAGAUUUCAACUUGAUUAAGUGGAUUGGGGCCAACGCCUAUCGUACCUCCCAUUAUCCAUAUUCGGAAGAAUCUAUGCAGUUUGCAGAUGAAAAUGGUAUCAUGAUUAUUGAUGAAUGUUCCAGUGUGAAUACGGAUUACUUUGGCUCUGAACUAAUGAACAAUCAUAAAUCUGCAUUGGAACAGCUAAUACAUCGUGAUCGAAAUCAUCCCAGUGUUAUAAUGUGGUCUAUAGCAAAUGAGCCUAGAACUACCAAAAAUCAAUCGGAACCAUAUUUUAGAGAAAUUGUAAGAUAUACAAAAACUUUGGAUAAGACAAGACCCUUGACUGCAUCAGUUAAUGUAGAAAUUGACAAAGAUAAAUUGGCUCAGUUUUUAGAUGUUAUUAGCUUUAAUCGUUAUAAUGCCUGGUAUCGUAAUCCUGGUCACUUGGAUAUGAUUAUAAAAGCAGUUAAAGAUGAAGCUACCAACUGGUGGCUGAAAUACAAUCGACCCGUUCUGAUGUCGGAAUAUGGAGCCGACACAAUGGAGGGUUUACAUGCGUUACCCGAAUAUGUUUGGUCUGAAGAUUAUCAGAUAAUGUUGCUGGGAAAACAUUUUAAAGCGUUUGAUGAAUUAAGAGAACAGAAAUGGUUUAUUGGUGAAUUUGUAUGGAAUUUUGCCGACUUCAAAACCGAACAAACAUUUACCCGAGUGGGAGGCAAUAAAAAGGGAAUAUUUACCCGUAAUCGGCAACCAAAAACAUCUGCCCAUGUGUUACGUAGACGUUAUUACAGUUUAUGCAAUGAGUUUUAUGAAUGUGAGACACCAACUGACUUACUUUUUUAAACACCUUAAAAACUAAUGUUAUCGGUAACAUUAGCUAAGGUGCUUUUUGUAUUUAAGUAUUUAUAUUUAUUAUAAUCAAGCACAAAAAUAAAAUUAUUUUCUACUGGCAUUAAACUAUUUAAAAACUA